AAUCAUUGUAGCACUGCUUAACUUCACCCUUCUCACUUCACAUUCAUUCAUACCAACAACAACAACAGCAACACUUCCCCAACCGGAAUCUUCACACUUCCCACCAAAUCUCAUCAAAACCUCUUUUCGAUCGCACCUAAGGGUUUCUUCGGUGGAGUUAGAGUGGUGGGACUAGGAAGUUGGAAUGAGCAGCUUAAGGCCUGAACUGCAUGUUGCCCAACAACUUCGGCGGGACAAAUUGAGGAUCCAAAAUAGUUCCCAACAUUUGCAAGAGUUCCCAAGCAACCUAGAACAGUUAUCGUUACACCCAGGUUUCAACUUGGAUCUUCUUCAAGUGAGAAAUGUUCGAAAUGGAAACAUGCUUGACGAGGCCCUUUAUUCAUCGGAUAUGAUAUCUUUUUCCACUCCAAGAAACCCGUUGGAGUGUCAAGAACUGAUGAUGGCUCAGUAUGGUUCCACUUCGUUUCCUCAUUCAUCGUCCCCGAAGGACCAACAAUGUGAACCAGAACCACGCCACUUGGGUGCUAAUUGGAUGGUGAAUUAUAACGAAAGCAACCCCAACCCCAACAACAGCAACAGCAACACCUUCUUCUCUUCUGAGCUUAAUAACAAUGCUUCUGGUGAAAUGCAUUACCCUCCCUCUUCGUCUGCUUCGCCUCCUCUUUACCAUAAUGCUUUGCAGGACAUGUCUUACGGCGUUUGGGGAGGAAACCAUGCCGAGCCUGUGCUUCAUUAUCAAGCGAACAACGAGUUACGUUUUGGGGGUGCUAAUUUAUGGACAAACAGUACCGCAGCAAUGGGUUUCAAGAAGAAUAACGAACAAGACAUAAAUCCUCAUCAGGGUUUAUCACUGUCACUUUCAUCAAACUCACAAUCGAAGCCUUGUUUUGAAGAAGGGUCUGCAUCAGAUGACCCUACUCAAUAUUCAAAGUCAUUGAAGUCGUCCAUGAAGUUGAACGCGCUUUCAAACAAUACUGUUUAUCGAAACGUUGGCCCCCUCGGUCCCUUCACCGGGUACGCCACGAUUUUGAAGAGUUCGAGAUUCUUGAAGCCGUGUCAACAGCUGUUAGAUGAGUGGUGCUGUCAAUACGGAUCAAAGUCUGCGAAAGGAGGGGGUUGUGACGUUGCAGAGUGGGUCUCUCGAGAUGUCAGUGCUGCAUCUAUUUCUGCAGCUGCUAGUGAUGCUCUUAAUGUUGAUGAAAGUGGAGGUGCUGCAAAAGGUGUUAGCAAUCUGGGUGCUUCAUCCUCCGUGUUGUAUAAUUCAAAUGAAAAUGAUAAUGCAAAUAGCGCUGAUGGCGGAGCCACGAGUAACUUUUGUCUUUCUUCUCGGCCAGAGUGCCAAAAGAACAAGGCAAAACUACUGUACAUGCAAGAGGAGGUUACAAGGAGAUACAAGCAAUACCAUCAACAAAUGCAAAUGGUGGUUCAAUCAUUCGAGUCUGUUGCUGGUCUUAGUUCUGCAACUCCUUAUGUCUCCUUGGCUCUGAAGUCAGUAUCGAAACACUUCAGGUACUUAAAAAGUGCUAUCUCAGAUCAACUGAAGCUUACAUGUGAAGUCUUGGGAGAGGACUUUUCAAUGCCAACCACAAGUAAUGGUGGUAAAUUUGACAGUAACAUGGCAAGGCUACGGUGCAUCGAUCAAAGUUUUCAAAAAAACAAAUCUUUGGGGGGUAACAUAAACUUUCUUGAGCCCCAACAACACGUGUGGAGGCCCCAGAGAGGCUUACCAGAAAGAUCAGUGGCAAUUCUUAAAGCUUGGCUCUUUGAGCAUUUUCUUCAUCCGUACCCCACGGACACUGAUAAACACAUGUUGGCUACCCAAACAGGUCUUUCGAGAAACCAGGUAUCAAACUGGUUCAUAAAUGCUCGAGUGCGUGUGUGGAAGCCAAUGGUUGAGGAAAUACACAUGCUCGAAACAAAGGGUGCAGCAGAAGCGCACCACCAAGGCUCUAAUAAAAGUGACCAGGUAGCUUCUGCAUGUGAAGGUAGUAGCAACCAACCCAAAUCAGAUCAACCUGUGAGCAGGUUUCACACACAUGCAAUCCCUGAAAAGCAGUUUCAGUGUUUGGAAAUGGGGUCAUCAUCUUCAGCAGGAGGCAAUGAGGAACACAUUGGGAUGAAUGAGGAGCAAUGGAAUCAAGAGAAGAGGUCAAAACUGGAAUGCCAGAUUGCUGCCACACCAAACAUGGAGGGCACUGUGAUGGGGUUUAUGCCCUACAGAAGAGGUGCACUUGAGGUUGGUGGUCUUGGAUCUGUGUCACUCACCUUGGGGCUUAGGCAUAGUGUUGAAGGUGUGCAACAGCAACAACUGCAGCAAGAGGAGGAGCUUAGGCGUCAGUUUGGAGGGCACAUGAUCCAUGACUUUGUGGGCUAGUUAGAUACUUGUCCCUAGGGAAAAAGAAUAAGAAUUGGUCAAAGGGAAUGGGGACCCUUUUGUAGCUGAAGUCACGUCCCGUGAAUGUGGCAUAAAAGAAGUUUUGUAUACAUUUGUAUACAAAAAAGGAAGAGGUGGGGUUACUGUGUAAGAUGUUUUUUACCUUCAAAAUUUUUGCUUGUUGGGGAAAUUCUGAACUGAGAUUGGUGGCUAACCUUACAACAUGGCAGAUGAAUAUUUGGAAGAGGGUUAAACUUGCAAAGAUAGUGAAGAGCAGGGCAAAUAAUUUAAGGUCAAUAUUCCUGCAUGCACAUUUCUGUAAUAUUUAACUUAAUGUGAUUUGGGCUACUUAAGAAAAAAAAAAAA